GCCGCCCCCGCCAUCCACUUGGUGCGGUCCAUGGCAAGCACAUCAUGGCGAUUGAAGGUGGAGAGAGAACCUGUGGAGUACAUGAACUUAUCUGUAUUAGAAAAGAAUCUGGAGUCUGAGUGCAUGCUGAUCUCCCAUUGACUUCUGUUCUAUUACUGUACCCCAUCAGAGAGAUGUGAGGAGUUGGUUGAAAUUCAAAUCGGGAACAUAUCCAAAGACCACAACAUCUUUUGACACCAACAACUGUCUAUGCUUCCUUAGAAGGAGCCACCUGACAACUGGGUGGUUCAACAAAGUGGCCCCAGGAAAGUAUCUCCAGAGGCAGUUGGAUUUUUGUCAGCUGUUGGGGUGUUUAUUAUCUUGAUGCUGCUCCUUUUUCUCUAUAUUAAUAAGAAGUUCUGUUUUGAAAAUGUUGGCGGGUUUCCAGAUCUUGGUUCAGAAUACAGUACAAGGAAGAAUUCACAAGAUACAAUUUAUAAUUCCUACAUGGGCAAAGAUGAGCAUGGUUCGUCCUCUGAGAGUGAAGAUGAAGCACUGGGUAAAUAUCAUGAGGCCUUAUCCAGAACACACAAUUCCAGACUACCAAUGGCAGAUUCUAGACAAAAGAACUAUGCUUGGGAAACACGGCAGAAAUACAGUCCUCUGUCUGCAGAGUAUGAUGGCUACAGUAGUGAAGCAUCAAUAGAUGAAGGAAACUGCAUUCAGAGAAUGAGAAGAACACCCCCGCUGGAUGAAUUGCAGCCACCACCAUAUCAGGAUGACAGUGGUUCUCCCCAUCUGUCAUGUACACCCUCAGAAAUUGGGGACAGUAAAUGUGAAUUUUCCCACUGCAGCAACAGUCCAAGAUGCUCAUAUAACAAGUGCCCAAGUGAAGGAAGCACAGGUCAUGAAAUAGAAAGUUAUCAUAAUAAAGGAUAUGAAGAAGAUGUUCCAAGUGACAGCACUGCAGUCCUGAGCCCUGAAGAUAUGUCAGCUCAGGGAUCAUCUUCACAGCUUCCUAAACCUUUUGAUCCUGAGCCAGAAGCUAAAUAUGGCACACUGGAUGUGACUUUUGACUAUGACUCACAAGAACAGAAGCUUCUGGUAACAGUGACAGCUGUCACAGACAUCCCAACGUAUAACAGGACAGGUGGCAACUCAUGGCAAGUACACCUUGUUCUUCUACCUAUAAAGAAACAGAGAGCAAAAACCAGCAUCCAGAGAGGACCAUGCCCUGUCUUCACAGAAACAUUUAAAUUUAAUCAUGUUGAAUCUGAGAUGAUUGGAAAUUAUGCAGUUCGGUUUAGACUGUAUGGUGUACAUCGCAUGAAAAAAGAAAAGAUUGUGGGGGAAAAGAUUUUUUAUUUAACAAAAUUGAAUCUUCAAGGGAAAAUGUCAUUGCCUGUGAUAUUGGAACCUUCUUACAAUCAUUCUGGCUGUGACUCCCAAGUGAGCGUGUCAGAAGUGUCGUGUAGUGAAAGUACAUCCUCAUGUCAGUCUCUUGAACACGGCUCAGUUCCAGAAAUUCUCAUUGGCCUGCUUUAUAAUGCCACAACUGGAAGACUAUCAGCAGAAGUGAUAAAAGGUAGCCACUUCAAAAAUUUGGCAGCAAACAGACCACCCAAUACAUAUGUUAAGUUAACUCUCCUGAAUUCCAUGGGUCAGGAGAUGUCCAAAUGCAAGACAUCCAUCCGCAGAGGGCAGCCAAAUCCAGUAUACAAGGAAACUUUUGUUUUUCAAGUGGCCCUGUUUCAGCUUUCUGAUGUGACACUCAUACUGUCUGUGUAUAACAAACGCAGCAUGAAAAGAAAAGAGAUGAUAGGCUGGAUUUCUCUAGGUCUAAACAGCUCUGGAGAAGAAGAACUCAAUCACUGGAUUGAAAUGAAAGAGUCAAAGGGACAGCAAGUAUGUAGAUGGCAUGCGUUGCUAGAGUCGUGAUGAAUAGAAUUAAGCAAGCAGUCACCAUCCAAGGCAGCAUAUUUCCAGUUACAACAUUACUGUUUCUACCAAGUCACCAUUAGAAGAGCUGUUCUAUGAAGAAUCAUAUUCAACCUUCUACCAAAAUGCUUUAAGUUCUAUGGAAAGAAUAUCUAAUACUGACAUAAAUGAAGAAAAUAUAUGUAUCCGGUAGAGCUUGUUUGGGAAACUGAGAAACAUACAUUAUCAUUGCUAAACUAACAGUCCUCUGGAAAUUUAACAAGGUGUUUUUGAUUUGAAGUUAAUUUUAAUUUUGCAAGAGCCAGUAAGUUUAUGAAAAAUCAAAAUUGUAAGUGAUUUUAAAAACCAGAAUUUUAGUUGCAAUACGAUUUUAAAAUCAUCCUACAUAUUAUUUAUAAAACAUAGUUUGACUGGCCAGUCCCUGGUGAUUGUAAUGUUCUUUAAUAUGAAAAAGUAGUUCUCCAACUCUAUCAUACGUCAUAUGUAAUGGUGAAGGGUUUCAGUCACAUUGAAAAUUGCUUUAUUUCAGACAUGUUCCCUUUGUGCACUUAGUUUCAUUGUGCCUCAGAUCCUCUCAGCACUAAAUCUAAGUGCAAACAAGUAUUCAUUUUCAUACAGGAAUGUUUUUAAUACAUUAUUUUUUUAAAAGUUCAUUUUUCAUUUGCCUCUGCUUUUGCCUGAUCCAAAGAGACCAAGUCACUGUACUGGUCCCUUGCAAGUCUUUUAGACAGGUUGUACUGUAGAACUACGUAACUUUCUGUUGAAAGCACUUCCUGUAUUCUUGUAUUCCAAUGUAGGAAGCUAAUAGAGCAGGACUUUACUUUAAAAUAUCUUUCAGUGAUUGACUCUUCAAAAUUGCAGUAAGUUUGAAAAUACUUUUUUUACAAACUGAAAAUACAAUAGGUAAGCUGUUGAAAAUGGAAAACAGUUCAAUUUUAAUUUUCUGCUCUGAGUAUUUAGUAACCGACACUGCGUAAAGCAGGUAGCAUCCAAAAUCAGAAACUGUUCUUUCUCUAAAUCUUCACUCUUACUUCAACUUGUAUUUGUGAUGUAAAGACUAUCCAGUUCUCAGUUUGAAUCGGAACAUCAUGUUAAAACAGUUCUGAGAUUCCUUAUGACGUUUCUAAUAACUUGUGACUAGACUUUAUGAAAUUUACAGAUAAAAGUUCUUCAACGUGAUGUCAUCUUGUGCCUUUCAUGUAAGUUGAAUUUGCUCAUACAGCUUGCAAGUUGUAUUUGCAAAAUUAAGCCUUCGAUUUUUAUAAAUGUAAAGAUUCCUCAGAACAGUGUCGCAAGAUCUUUAUUUCCUCUGAAGUAUGUAAAACUUGUAUCAUGUGCUAAUUUUUUUAAUGGCAAGGCACUUUCAUUUGUUUGUAUAUUUAGGAACUCUAAUCAGGAAUAUUAUAAGCUGUUUUCUUUUUAAUUUUGCUUCUUACCUGUCAUUUUAUGCAUAUACUUUAUUAAUGUUUUAUAUAUAUUAAAAAUAGUUUCUUUUUUCUCCUUCUCAUUUCUAGUUAAUAUAGACAAAAACAUACUAUUUACCAGUUACUAAAAAGCAGUAUAUCAUUGCUCCUAGUCCCAACUAAGUACUAUAUAUUAUUGUAAACUAGAACUUAUUACCAUAAUAACAAAACAAUGCAUAGAUAUUACUCAGCUUGGCUGUACUGAAAGGCCUUAAAAGAACUCCAAAAAGACCAUGAACUCCUAUCUUUUUUAGUUUAAAAAAUGGCAGCUCUAUGCAUUCAUACACAUGAAUUAUAAGAAAAAAUACAAAUGCUAUAUUGAAUGACAUGAGGUUUAAGAAUGUAUGUUAUAGGGCUGCAUUAAAGGGAAAAGUCCAUCUUUUGUUGUUACAUCAACGAGCUUUUACCAGGAUUUUUUAAAUAAACAAGUAAGAGUUAGAACCUGAAUCAAAUGGCAAAAUAUCUCAUUUAAGUGUUUUCAGCAACAGUGUGGAAAGACUUGAAGAGGGGAUAUAGAUUUUACUGAGAAAUUGGACUUAGGCAUUUGAAGCUACAGUGAUCUUUUUUGCCUUUGAAAGAACUGACUCCAUUGCUAACAACUGUUACCUGCCUAAUAAAAAGUUACCAGUCUUAUUUGUAACUGUUACAGAGCUUAGUGAAACACGUUAGUAAGACCAGCUUGGUGCUUUCACUCUUAGUGAGAAAAAGACUCAACUAAUUGUUAUUUGUUAAAUCUACCUUUUUUCAGACUAUGCCCAGAAUUGUGUGUGUGAUUUGAUAUAUCCAUAGGGAAUUAUCUGGUAUAAGUAUCAAAUCCUUCAUAGGCUAAAAAUUAAUCAACAAUUUUUUAGUAUUUCAGAAAAGACCCUACCUCCACCUCAGCUGCCAAGUCCUCAAAGAGUCUAAAUUCUCUAUAUGGGUGUGUAACUGUAUACACACAUGCACCUACAUACAUGCAACAUAAAUAUGUAUAGGUGUAUUCAUUUGUAAAGGUAAAGGUGCCCUGGCUUUUUCAGAUAACUGAAUGGAAAAACAUUUCAAAGUUUAUGAUUAUUUUUCUCCUCUGUGAAUAGAAUAUUUACCAGAUAUUAUAUUUGGUUUGGGGUGCUUUCUGCUGCUGUUCUUCAUACACACCAAAAUAUACAUUUGUUUUUGUAGAUUGACACAACUUAUAGUAAUUACUCCCAAAAAUGUGUCUGUUCUUUUAGAAAAGGAUUAAGUAAGGCUCAGAGGACCCACUUCAGUCUACUGAAUCUAAUGUACAGGACAGUGCUGCUGCUUUUUUGUGUGCUUGAAUUUGCAUGAAAGCUUAACAGCAAAGUCUUCUAUCUCAGUAAUUAUAGUAAAUAGGGACACACUGGUAGGGAGCUGAUGUUGGCUCAGAAACUUGAAAAAGACAGCCCACUUUCAUAUAGUUCCGUUAAAAUUCCCCAAGUUUUCUAAUAAAAUGAUAUAGUCCCAAUAUGGCAAUUGACUGCCAUUUAUGGGAGCCUCUGAACCUGGAAUUAUGGGCUUUAUUUGUCUCCCAAAUGAGCUGCAAAAGAUAGUUAUUGCUGCCCAGGAAACAAAAAUGUAUGUCAAAUAAGUAAAGAAUUUGUUUAGUAUAAUAUUGUCUUAUCUUUCAGAAGCUUUCUUCUAUAUUCUUGUGUUUUUGGUACAAUCCACAUUUUGUUUGAAAUAUAUUUGCAUAUUAUCUUACUGUGCAUUUAGUGAAUUGUCAAUAUUGUAUUUGCUAACAAGAAUAAUGAAUUGGACCACAAUUUUAAAAAAGAAAACCCAAUGAGAAAACAUCUAAACUGUAGGGACUGGUAAGGCAGUUUCAUCAACCUAGUGAAGAGGCCCAGGGCUGUAUGUUAAGUCAUUUGCCUGAUACCAUCAUCAUUUUUAUUUCACUUAUCAACUGAACCAGAAACAUAAUAACUGCAAAGUAAGGUAGUAUCAGUAGGGGAAAAAGGGGAAAGAAUUGAGAGUGUUUGUCAAUAUGAAGAUGAGUGGAGAGACUGAAUGAUACCAUAGUCUUUCCAAUGAAAGAAAAAGUAGGCUAUCUGAACAUGUAAAUUUUCGAUGGAGCAAGGAGAGUAGUCACCAACAAAUAUUUUUCAAGAUCCCUAUCCAGAUAUGGAUAGAAAAGACACAAAUUCAUUUGCAUAAAAUUGCCAUUUUACAUAGACUAGACAAUUCAUAGAGAUUUUUCACAUUGACAUAUGCUAUAUUAUGUAUAUAGUUGUUCCAGUUGUCACUAUAUUAUUUCACAUUGAUAGUUUUUAUUUCCAAUUUUUUUUCCCAUUCACUGUCCCCAGUUCAUCUCUGACCUACAUUGAAGGUAGCUGUUGGUAUUAUAACCAACCAAACUUAAUAUUGAAUACAAGUUUAAGCAUGCUGCAAAGCAUUACUAAGGUUAAUUUUAAAACAUCGUCUCUGCCCUCCACAGUGAUGGUAACAGCUAUAAUUUACUAAGAUCUAGCACAGUAAUUUAUUUGCUUGAUUCUCAAAACAAUGUCAUGAGGUAAGUAAUAUUAUCAACAUUUUAUUGAUAAAGAAACUACAGCGUGAAGAGGUUAAGGGAACUUUACCAAGGUCAUUCAAUAAGUAAGUAGUAGAACUGGGGUUGGAACUCAGGUGUAAAUUAUUCUAAAACCCAUGCUAUCUAUGCAUGUUGCAUUUGCCUCCCUGCUUGAAAAAAAAAAAAAAAAACUACUUAGGACAUUAUAUUUAUUAAUAAUCCCACUCACCUUGAUUGAAUGGCAGAACUAGGGGGGCAAAACAGCUGGGAAAAGAGAAAAGAAGAUCAGAAUUUUUUCUUCUUCUCAGGACACAAAUGGUGGUACUUUUGUGUCAUUUUGUAGAUGACUUUGAUUUUCAAAGAUUUGGAAUUGAUUUAUUCUGCCAGGUUAGCCUAUGCUUACAUCGUGAAACUAUAUUAAUCAGUUUGUUCUGCUCUUUAACCAAUUUUGGGAAUCCAAGGUGUUUUAGUUAUUACGUGACCCCCUUACUACUCUAUGAAGGGCAUAACCUAUGUGUCUAGCCCGUAUCUCACUAGUAUCAGUGGUAAGACAAAAGAUUUGUCUUCUGUCCUCUUAUUGCAAUUUAUUUAUGUUUCUUUUAUUCUCAAUUUCAUUAAGGUUUGUCAGGAAUCAUAGCUAGUUUUCUUAUUACCAUAUGUCUCUCUCCCCCAGGUAAGUACUCAGUGCCUUGUUAGUAUCUUUCUGUACCCUUUUGCUCGUAGUAGGCAGACAAUAAAUAUCGAACUAAAUUCCUUAUGGAAGAAAUCAGUCACACUAUUAUAUGAGUCUUAGUUUUUAUGAAUCUUGUGUUAUGCAUGGAUUUAUUUAUUCCUUUAGUUAAUAUGUAUUUAAGAGUACCAGAUAUAUGCCGUGUGUUGUUGUUCCAAGUGCUGCAGAUGCAGAGAUAAUAAAUUGAUCAAAGUCUUUGCCCUCAUGGGACUACAUUCUAAGGUAGGAAGAUAGCCACAGAAUGGGAUAAUUUCAGUCUAGUAUAAUGAAGCAUUAAGAUAGAGGCAUGCAUAGAGUACUGUGGGAUUUAAUAGAAGAAUGCAACGUGGAAUUCAAAAAAAUCUUCCUGGAAAAGAUAACCCCUAAGUUGGGUCUUAAAGAACAAAUACACGUUAGAUUCCCAUCAAACUUGAGGACACAUGUUCUUUCCAAGAACAAAAUAUAAAAUAAUGGUUUCUAAACUGUAAUAUCCUUAAGAAUUAUUUUGAAAUUUUAACUUGGGCCAGGCGUGGUGGCUUACACCUGUAAUCCCAACACUUUGGGAGGCUGAGGUAGGUGGAUUACUUGAGCUCAAGAGUUUAAGACCAGCCUGGGCAACAUAGCAAAACCCAUCUCUACCAGAAAUUUAAAAAAUUAGCUGAAUGUGGUGGUGCCAGUGGUCCCAGCUACUCAGGAGGCUUAGGUAGGAGAAUCACUGGAGCCUGAGAAGUCAAGGUUGCAUUGAUCCAAGAAAGCGCCACUGCACGCCAGCCUGGGUGACAGAGCGAGCCCUUGUAGAAAAGAAGGAAGGAAGGAGGGAGAGAGGAAGGAAAAGUAGAAGAACGGAAGGAAAGAAGGAGAAGGGAAGGAAGGGAGGAAAAUUUAACUUGUAUUCCAAAACUCUACCUCCAGAGAUUCUACUUCAUUUGGUCUGGAAGGGACCUCAAUAAUCUCCAUUUUAUUAAGCUCUCCAGGAAAUUCUGUCUGAGAUCUGCUGAUACAGAAAUUAAGUGUAUUACAUAGCAUUAUUCAUGAAAUGUUUCAGUGCCUGUAGAUCAGACCUUUUAAGUGUGAUAGUGAUAGUAAGAGAGAUGAAAACGAGGAUUAAUGUUACUGAUCUUUUCCUCAUGCUUGGAAAAUAUUUAAUGAAAGAAAUUAAUAUUUAAUAAUGAGUUUCUGUACAUUCACAUUCAACAUACAUUUUUCAAAGUGUUUCUUGCUAUAAUAAAUAUGUUGAUUUUAUGAUUUCUGAAAAUUCCAUUGUUUAAAUAUUCUAAGUUACCUUUAGAAUGCUAGAUUAAAAGCGAAGAGUGUCUGGGGAGGUAUUUAGUAAUUUCCCUAUCAGUAUCGUCAAUGAAAUAAGACUGACCUUUGAGCAAAUGUAUAGUAGCAGCCAUAGGUGCUGGCAUUUUUGCAUUCUUGUAUACAGUAAGAUUUCCUGCUUCCCUUUAUCGUCAUCUAAAUGGCUUCAUUGUCAUUAUACUCAUCAGAUGAACUGUGUCCCGGAUUCUUCCCUAACAGCAGCGUUUCUGUGACUGCUGCUCCAAACUAGUUCCUUGGUUGUUUUGUUCUUAGGAUCCUUUAUUUCAAAUAGCAAGUUAAUGCAGCAGCCUCAGGACCUUCUCUUUCUCUCAGAUUAAAUGCUGUGAAUAAGGUACAUCUGAGUUUCCAUUUCCCCUCAUUCCAAAUGUAGCCAUAUUUCCUUCUCUGAUGUAGUAUUUUGUAUGAACACAUUUUACAUUUUGAAGUUUUCUUUUCCCCCACAGAGAUCUGUAAUUACCCACUGAAAAAUGAGCUUAUUUGAAUAUGUGAAACAAUGUUGUCCUGGAAUUAGGCUGUUUUGUGACUGCUGAUGGAUCACUGUGUUUGAUCAGGUGAUAGCUUGAGGCCUGGUUAAUAUAAUCUUAAGGUAAUACAGCUUGAUAGGCUGGAAUUAAUAGUUUAUCAUCAAAAAAUGAAUGUAAAAAUAUUGCUCUUUUCUCUCCCUGUUUAGACUAGUAUGUGCCUUUAAAAAAAUAUUUCCUCUUUCUUCCUCCCUGCCUUUAUUCCCACUCUUAUUAUAUACUCAAACCAGAUACCAGAGUUAGUUCACCAAAGCUGAAUAAUAUCUACCAAAAAGUGAUACCCUGACUUUUUUCUCUUAACUGCCUGGACUGGACACUAGGCAGGACCAGAGAGGCUUUCUUGGGUACUACAGAAGGAGCAAAGUAUAAUACUCUAAUCAUAGCAUGUUUGUUGUUGCUGUUUCGGUGGUGGUGGUGGUUGUAUGCUUGAAUAGUGUGAAGUACCCUAAAAUUAUGUUGUAUGGGCUGGGAGCAGGAAGGAAACUGGUUAUUAAUCUAACAAAAGUUUGGCAUCAUUUUGUUGUAAAAUUCAACAGCUUAUAACUGAAAAUUUCUAAUUAAUUAUAAGAACCAAGUCAUUGCUGUGGCAAUAAUUGUGCAAGAUGUUUGACAUUAUUUCUGUCACUGUCAUAAUCUGUCCUAUAAAUUGUCGUAUUAGGAUCCUUCUUCAACCCUCUUCUUUAUUAUUCUGAUUAUCAGUAAAUCCAGUUUGUACUGUUAGACAUUUGAGUUUCUCUUUUAAGUAUUCAUUCAACACUAUUUUAAAAAGAAAAACCUUAACAUCUUUCUGUUUAUUACAUUAACGUGAUCUCUGACCUGACAGUGUGUUUAAAAUGAAUUAAUAGAUAAAAUAUAAUACUCUUAUAUACUGAAAAAAAUAAUUUUUCAAAAUUUGUGUAUUCAGAUAUGGCUGGCAGUUCAUAUUAAAUAUGACUAUUUUGUUUAAUGAGAAAAUAGGAACUUUUCCUUAUCUCUAAGACUUACUGCUUCUCUUUGCCAUUCACAUCUGGUUGAAAGUGGAUGAUUGUGAACCUCUUAAUGUCACUUCAUCUGUCAGUUUCUAAGUAUGCUAACCUCCUCCUGAUGGUUUAAUUUUCAGUUACGAUCAAACCAUUUACCUCAGGGGUUGAUCCUUGUAGUGAUUCCUGUUCAUAACCCCAUUAAUGUGGAUGGAAGUAAUUCAUAAGCACCAGUAGGAGAGAAGGCCCAUAGAGGAUCAGUAUCCUAGAACCCUGAAAUAGGACGGCUGCUUCAGUACCCAAUGUCAUUGCAAUUCCAAUUUGUGGAAGUGAGGAUCUGAGAUCAUGAUGUCGUAUUCUCCCAUUUCAGUCUCAUCCCUUCUCCCUCUAGCUUGCACAUUCUUUUUAUUUUAAAUUUUGCGAGAAGGCUUCUUUCAAAGACCUGGUUUUUAAAAUUUCACAUGUUGCUUUAACCAGGCAAUUUCAAAAAAUAGAAAACUGAAGUAAAUACUAUAGAGUCGAAAGAGGUUUGGGGGCUUUUUUGUUUGGAGUUUUGUUUGUUUGUUUGUUUGUUUGUUUAGUGUGGAGAGUGGGGAGGAGGAAAAGGGAGGAAUCAUGCUUGUUUUGGUUUUGUGAAGUCUUCUUGGGAAAAUAUUGAGAAUAUUUAUAGUAUUCUGUAAUUAUGUGACAUUUGUUGUGUGAGGGGAGACCAGAGUAGCUGUUGCACAUAAACUGACUCUCUUAAUAUUUAAGCACAUUUAAACAGUUGUUUGAAACACAGCUAGAAAUUAAUGGUGAUACUUCCAACAGCAUUUUGAUGUUAUAAAUAUUAUUUUAAGAUUAUCAAGUGAAAAAUUCCAGGAGUAGCUUGCAUUAUGGAAUUAAUUGAUUUUUUAUGUUUUUGCAUAAUUUUAUUGAGAUUGCUUUUGUUUUUGUGGUGAAAAUAAUAUAGUGGCAACAAUUUUGAGGAAUCUUUAAAGCUGUUUGGAAGAGACGGCUAAACUUUGGCUAGAUUUUUACUAGAAUUUUGAAACAAGAAAGUGUAUAAAUAUGUUUUCAGUUAAAUUAGUCUUGAGGAAGAAUAGUUAUAUGAGUUUUAAGGAUCUUGAUAAAUGUUGGGAUCUAUUCUAAAACUCAUGAGAUUCCUCACUGAUCAGUACGCUUGCAUUGUAUUUUAUUUCUCAAAAUAAUGAAAUUUUUAUGGAAAAGCUCAAUUAGUGGAAUCUUGUAUUCAAUAUUCCCUUUUUCUUCUUUCUUCCUUCUUUCUUUUCUUCCUUUCUUCCUCCUUCUUUUGUUUUUCUUCAGGCAAGAAGCUUCCUUAAUAAUAUAGUUUCUACAGAGCUUUCUUACUUAUUUUUCUAAUAAUGGAUAUAACCAUGUGAUAAAAUUUAAAUGCUCCAUGAGCAAAACACUUAUCAAACAACUGAGGAAAUACAUUGCGGAUUAACCUUUUCUUUGGUCUUGAAUUGUCUCCAGCAUAUUUGCUAGUGACUCUAAACUGUUAAUGGAUCUUAUUAAUAUAAACAAGUGUCUGUGUGGUUAUCAACAGUGUGGUAUUAUUGUCACAUUUAUUUACAUUUUUGGUCAAAAAUAUAAACAGAUGUGUGUGUGAAGCAGUCUGUUUUAUAGAGUGAGCAUGUAUCUAAUCAUUUUCAUGUUAUUGAGAAUGUGCUGUGUGUUGCAUUUUAUUCUCAUAUCGACUUUUCUACUAUCUAUACACCGAUUGUCUCGGUGCCUUUUUCCUUUUGUAUAAUUGUAUUACACACAGAAAUUGCCGACCUCUGUGAAAACAGUGUAAAAAAAUGUUAAAAUUAUUAUUCCAAUGAGAUUUUAAUGGCAACUUAAUUUUCCAGAGAAUAAAUUUUGUGUGGGUUAAAAGUUACCUUUCUUCACCUUUAUGUAAGAAAUCUGUUCACAUUUUAGUACUCACGUGGAAUGGCUAAACAUCUGACUUCAUUGAUAAUGAUGCAUAAGCAUCAGUCCUAAUUCUUGUCAUUGACAAAUAAAUGUUAACAUGACUGUUACACAAAAUAAAAUAGUGUCAGUUACAUAAGGAAAUAUUGAAUGGAUAUAUGUAAAUGUUUUUCAGAUCUUGGGUUUGAAAGGGAUCUCAUCUAAAUGUGCUAUAAAAUAUUGCUCUCGAAAUGUUUGGGUCAUAGUAUUUAAUUGUAAGUCAAACCUGGCUUCCAAAGAAAAUAGACUUACAAAUUCAGACAUUUAAAAAUAAUAUCCUUUAAAGUUCAUAUAAAUCACAAAUUAAACUAAGUAGCUUUAAAAUGGUCUAUUUUCAGCUGGAAUAUGAACUGUUACCUAGCUUAUUCUUUCAUUUAAUGUGAAUUUGUUGUUAUUCACAUCAGUAUUGCUAUCUUGUUUAGCAAAAUAAUUUUCUCUUUGGCAAUAGUAGCUUGUUGAUUUUUAAUUCUCUUUUGUUAGAUAGUUGUAUUAUUUCCCAAAGACCUUGAGUUUAGAUAUUUUUUAUAUCUCAUUACCGUGUCCAUUUUACUUCCAGCAACAAAGAUUUAUAACAACAGACUUCACAAGUACUAUUUUGCAUAUGAAAAAGAAUUUAAACAUUUGGUGCUCUAAAACUGACAGAAAUUAAAAUUGCUACAUCAUCUAAUCUCUGAUUGUCUUUGAAUCCUUAGUUCCAUAAAUUAUCCAGAACCUUUUUUAGUUAACAUUUUUAAAGAGGGG